GCGCAGAUACUGACACCAAGGGAAUCCGGGUGCCCCCCCUCCACGCCAUGCGGGCCCCCAGGAAACUGGCUCCGCCACCUCGGCUGCCCCGUGGCCACGGCCCCAAUCCUGGCCAGGCGGAGAUUCUGCGGACAUUCAGGGAUCGGCUUCGUCACUGAGACCUCAGGCCUCUGCCAGCCACUCCCCCUCCCCAUACCCCUAGUCAUCCUCGGCAGAUCUCAGUCCCGGCUCCAUCUGUGCCCUCGCCCCAGCCGCAGCUAUGUUGCACACCGAGGGCCACGCUCUUCUUCGGGCGGUGGGUCAGGGUAAGCUACGCUUGGCCCGUUUGCUUCUGGAGGGAGGCGCCUACGUGAAUGAGGGUGAUGCGCAGGGGGAGACUGCGCUAAUGGCAGCCUGUCGGGCCCGCUACGACGACCCCCAGAACAAGGCACGCAUGGUACGCUACCUCCUGGAGCAAGGCGCGGACCCCAAUAUCGCAGACCGAUUAGGGCGCACGGCGCUCAUGCACGCUUGCGCCGGGGGUGGGGGCGCCGCGGUGGCCUCGCUGCUCCUUGCCCACGGCGCAGACCCCUCAGUCCGAGAUCACGCGGGCGCCUCGGCUCUUGUCCACGCCCUGGACCGCGGGGACCGCGAGACCCUUGCCACACUGCUGGACGCCUGCAAGGCCAAGGGCACGGAGGUCAUCAUCAUCACCACCGAUACCUCGCCCUCAGGCACCAAGAAGACCCGGCAGUAUCUCAAUUCUCCACCAUCCCCAGGGGUGGAGGACCCUGCUCCCGCCUCUCCUAGCCCGGGGGUCUGCACGUCGCCUUCGGAAAUCCAACUGCAGACCGCAGGAGAAGGAGGGCGUGGGAUGUUAUCCCCUCGCGCCCAGGAAGAAGAGGAGAAGCGGGACGUAUUUGAAUUCCCUCUUCCUAAGCCCCCCGAUGACCCAUCCCCUUCCGAGCCGCUCCCCAAACCACCACGCCAUCCCCCAAAACCACUCAAAAGGCUCAACUCCGAGCCCUGGGGCCUAGUGGCCCCUCCUCAACCAGUCCCACCCACUGAAGGGAGACCGGGGAUCGAGCGCUUGACUGCCGAAUUCAAUGGCCUGACCCUGACCGGUCGACCCCGUCUUUCCCGACGUCACAGCACCGAAGGCCCUGAGGACCCGCCCCCAUGGGCGGAGAAAGUGACUAGCGGGGGUCCUCUCUCUCGCCGAAACACAGCACCAGAAGCUCAGGAGUCUGGUCCCCCUUCAGGGCUGAGGCAGAAACUGAGCCGCAUGGAGCCAGUGGAGCUGGACACCCCUGGACACCUUUGCCCUGACUCGCCUGAGUCCAGCCGCCUGUCCCUGGAGCGCCGCCGAUACAGCGCCUCCCCGUUGACCCUCCCUCCAGCCGGCUCGGCUCCCUCUCCGCGCCAGUCCCAGGAGAGUCUGCCAGGGGCAGUAUCUCCGCUAAGCGGACGGAGGCGGAGUCCGGGGCUGCUGGAGCGGAGGGGCUCGGGGACGUUGCUCCUGGACCACAUCUCGCAAACGCGGCCGGGUUUCCUACCCCCUCUCAACGUCAGUCCCCACCCUCCCAUCCCUGACAUUCGCCCACAACCCGGAGGUCGGGCGCCUUCGUUGCCUGCCCCUCCUUAUGCCGGGGCGCCAGGCUCUCCCAGGACCAAGCGCAAAUUGGUGAGACGCCACUCCAUGCAGACUGAGCAGAUCCGCCUGCUGGGGGGCUUCCAGAGUCUAGGUGGGCCUGGGGAGCCAGGGCGCUGAGAGGAGUGAGAGGAGCCAAGGAGGGUGGGGAUUAGGACCUUAAUGGGAUAGGUGGGAGAACCAGCUCACACACACACCACGAACAAAGGGAUCUCUUGCAUGUGCUCAUGGAUGCACAGUGCACCCACACAUGGUUAAACAUGUGUCCAUAAGCACAGUACUCUUAUUAGCAAGAAAGAAUAAGUACUCUAUUUACUGGGUAUAUACACACAUGUAUUCAUGCCCUGGUCAUUUCACGUGCAUAUGGGAUUACUUGUGUACCUACAGGCACAGCACAUCAAUAAACACACAGGGCUAGGGUCCCAAACUCUCUUGCAUUUGUUCAGAAGCAGUAGGGAACCCUUACUUAUGGGCAGUCUCCGAUGUCUUUGCCCUCCUGCAGAAGCAAUCCCUUGCUUUCCAUGUAUGCUCUGAAACACAGCCCAUCAUGAUUUUGCACACUCUCUCCGUGAACAUCCCAGCCCCUUCUGCAGGUCUUGCUUCUUUCUCCAGGCCUGGCUCCUUAUUCACACCCUGCUUCUAACCCCAACCACUUUUCAGGAUAUCUUUUUCACUCUUCUUGGGGGUUCCUGCAGCAACCCCCAGCCUCAGUUCUGCUGCUGUCUUUACUGCUCUCAACUUCACUUCUCAACUUCCUGCUUUUUAUUCCCACGCUGUUCCUCCAACAACUACAACAGAUUGUCUCAUUUUCCCAGGGGGUGGGUCAUGGGCUCUAAGCUGCUCUUCUGUCUGUCUGAGCUUAUGAACACCCCCACAGGUAGAAGUGGGGAGAAACCCUAAAUCACUCCUCUCUCCACUUGACAUAUCAAAUAAAUGUGUUCAGAAGUC